AAAGGGAAGGGGAAAAAAAAAUUAACUGCAUAAGGAUGGAUUUUGGUUUGAACGUACGUAUUGAUUAUUCUCAGUAUAUUUGCACCACUGUAAGAAAAUAAACGACUUGUAAUAGCAAUUCUGUUCUCCACGCCUAUGGUAUUCUUCUCUAGGGCCAAAAAUUCAAGUUUGAACAGACUCAGAUCCUUCCCUGUCACUGUUUCUUGGUUCUUACUUCUUCCCACACCAGAAACCGAAAAUCUCUACCCAACCGCUCCUCCUCCACCUCUCAGGCUCAGCCUCUCAUCACCAUCUUCCUGGUGCUUUUAUUCUUCCAUUUUUAAAUGAAAUGGCGGAGCACCAAAGACUCCCCCAAGAACAGGGGUUUCUAUCUUAAGAUGAAGCUCCUCCAUAAACAUACCAGACCUCCUCCCGAAAAAAGCUGCUUCUUCAGAUAUUACAAAUGGUUUCUCUGGCUCUCCUUAUCUCUCUAUUUCUUCUCGUCCUGUUUCAUCACCAAUAAUAAUCCCCCCACCGACUCUGACUCUACCCACAAAUCUCAAUCCACCCUUCCGUCUAGCCCUCUUAUCGAAUCCAUCAACAUCACAGCUCUAAACCCGUCAGCGGUUCUAAAAGAUUUGAAGAUAUUCGUCUACGAUUUGCCUCCGAGAUACAACUCCGACUGGCUCUCAAACAAGAGGUGCAGCAAUCAUUUGUUUGCGUCCGAGGUAGCCAUUCACAGAGCGUUGUUGACGAGCGAGGUUCGGACGUUUGACCCCUACGAAGCUGACUUCUUCUUCGUUCCCGUCUACGUGUCAUGCAACUUCAGCACCGUUAAUGGGUUUCCGGCGAUUGGGCACGCGCGCUCCCUCAUCUCCUCCGCCAUCCAACUCAUCUCCUCUCAAUACCCCUUCUGGAACCGGACCCAAGGAUCGGACCACGUCUUUGUCGCUUCCCACGACUUCGGCUCUUGUUUCCACACCUUGGAGGACGUCGCAAUUGCAGACGGGGUACCAGAGUUCUUGAAGAGGUCGAUCAUUUUGCAGACCUUUGGUGUUGAGUACAAGCACCCAUGUCAGGACGUUGAUAAUGUAGUGAUUCCCCCGUACGUGUCGCCGCAGAGUCUGAGGAAUACGUUGGAGAAAGAACCGGGGAACCGGCGGCGAGACAUUUGGGUGUUCUUCAGGGGCAAAAUGGAGCUCUAUCCUAAGAAUGUCAGCGGACGAUAUUACAGCAAGAAAGUACGGACGGAGAUAUGGCGGAAAUUCAACGGUGAUAGGAGGUUUUACCUGCAGAGGCAGAGGUUCGAGGGUUAUCAAUUGGAAAUCGCUCGUUCGGUUUUCUGUCUGUGCCCGCUGGGAUGGGCGCCGUGGAGUCCGAGGCUGGUGGAAUCGGUGGAGCUGGGGUGCGUGCCGGUGAUAAUAGCGGACGGCAUCCGGUUGCCGUUCCCGAGGGCGGUGAAAUGGGAGGAGAUAUCGGUGAGGGUGGCGGAGAAGGAUGUGGGGAAGGUGGGAAGGAUCCUGGAGGAGGUGGCGGCGACGAACCUGAGCAGCAUACAGAGGAACCUGUGGAAGGCAGGGAGGAGGAAGGCCUUACUUUUCAACGAUGAGGUGGAAGAAGGAGACGCCACGUGGCAAGUGCUGGAGGCGUUGAGUCAGAAGCUGCACAAGAGUUACAGGAGAGUUAAAAACCAGUGGGGUGCUGACACGUGAGGGGUCGGAAUAUAGGAAGACAAAUGAAAAUGAUGGAGCGAACGCGCGAAUCAUGAGGGGACGGGGGAAUUCGGAAAUAUUAGAGUAAGAGGGCGGUGCCAGCCUGGAUAUGCGAGCCGUCUCUGCAGUUUAAGCCCACGGCUGAAUAGUGGUUGAUGAAGCAAUAAGGAAUUAAAAUAUCCAAUGAAUAGAAUAAUGGAAGACAGGUGGGAUUUGAAUGGGAUGGAGGGAGGGUAUGGAAUAUGGUAGUUAGCUGGCGGUGGGACCCACAGUAGUAGAUUACUAUAACCUACGCUGGGUUGGUUUUUCAUACCUUCGGGCCAUGUUCAUGGUGACGGGGAUGGGCUUCUCAUGACGUGGCCGGCAGUCAUUGGAUAACGGUUCGCCCAACUGGACUACUUUUAGAAUCCUCAAUAUGAGUCCAAACAUUUCGAUGUUUCCUGUCGCAAAUCCAUUUCUCUGUAAAUACCAAAGGACCACAGCAUUCUUUCUAUUUUUUUCCUUCGCUGUAUUACUAAUAAUAAUAGUAAUAAAGUCAAACUUUGAGAUGCUAUUAUAA